AGUUGUAGCCAUUUUGUUCCUUUAAAUGAUUCAAGGGUAAGAAGCAGGAGGUCGAUUGAAUCAGAAGCAGCGGGGAGUUUCAUUUUAUAAAAUCAAGAUGUUUCCGUUGUUCAGGAGUGCUCUGAAUUUGACUGGUCGUAACAUUCGCCAGGUUGCAUUAAGAAAAGAUCACCACAAAGCUGGUCCAACCUUCCAUGAGAGGUAUGGUAACAUGGUCUUGGCAUCUGGAACUGUAUUCUGUACUGCUGUCUGGGCAUAUGUUGCAACACAAACUGGGAUUGUUUGGAACCUUUCUCCAGUUGGCAAGAUUACGCCCAAAGAAUGGAGAAACCAGUAAACCUUUUCCUUUAAAUUCUUCAAGAGCAUUAUUGAACUGUUCUGGAAAUUUACUGGGUGGUGGUGUCUGGAGCCACCAUUUUCACUGGCAAGGCUUGCAGUUUUAGAUGUAAUAAAUUUAAUAUGUGAAUCCUG